GCAGCUGUUGGCGAUGUCGAGGCGAUUAAUUUAUAAUCCAAAUGAUUGCGCGAUCGCAUACGGAACUUUAUGCGAAUAGUAGAAGUGAAUUGUGCGUGUAAUAUACCUUGACAUACCUGCGUGUCCCGAGUAUCCGAAUUCGUUUAACACCUCGUCGGAAGUGGCAGAGACGAACAAUGCGCCGAAUGCGUAAACAUUCAAAGAGAUAGUCCGUGGGAUUUCCUUGUUGUACAAACUCCUACCGCUGAAUGGGGAGAGUCCGGAGAGUCAAUCAAGAGAUGAGUGCCUCCGUCGACUGCAUCCAGGGCGAGAAAACGCCGAGUGCGAGAUUAAACGCGAGUACCACGACGCUCAGCGAUAUGGGGGAGGACGUGAAAGGUAGCAAAUUCAACAAGUCAACGCAGAGCGAUAUCUCGCUAUCGGCGUGGAGGCUCCCUUGUGGCGGGCAGAGAUCCAGGCCAGUGUCCUUGUACCUGCCGACGAAGCAGAUCCCGAUGAGCGAGUCGAGCUUAAGCUCCACGCACAGCUCCAGAAGCACGUUAUACCCCGUUCAGAGCGAGAUUGUCUUAUCAGCUAGAAGCAGGCACAACAAUAAUAGAUACGUGUCGCUGGACAUGAGAUCGAUCAACAAUCUUCCGUAUCCUAAUCCGCAUUCCAACAGCCACAUUUUAGGCAAUAGUACACCGUACACGUGUUGCUGUACGUGCACGGGCUCGCCGCCGCGGCCGCCUCCGCCGGCACCGUUCUCGCAAACUGAAAGCGACGAUCAGGACGGGGCCGAGAGUCUCUCGUGGAGAAGGCUUCACAUGAGCAGGGCGAAGCUGAAAGCAACUGCAACCACAUCUGAGCUUCUUAGUGGAUUUGCAAUGGUGGCGAUGGUGGAAUUGCAAAUAAAUGAACCGACGGCGGUGCCGGAAUGGCUGUUUGUAAUGUUCGCCGUCUGUACUACCUUCUUGGUAUCGGUGCACAUUUUCGCGUUGAUGAUCAGCACGUAUCUUUUACCUAAUAUCGAGGCCAUAAGUAAACUUCAAGUUUCGCGUCUCAUAACGGAGUCGCCCCACGAGAGGAUGCGCGGUUUCAUCGAAUUGGCCUGGGCAUUUUCCACGAUACUGGGACUGUUUCUCUUUCUAGUAGAGGUGGCUAUUCUCUGCUGGGUUAAGUUCUGGGACUACUCCUUUACCGCCGCCACUGCCAGCACCGUGAUAGUCAUUCCCGUGCUCAUAGUAUUCGUCGCCUUCGCCGUUCACUUUUAUCACUCCUUGGUAGUUUACAAGUGUGAAAGCGUGGUGUCGGACAUGAAAGAUUUGGAGAGUAUAAAAAGGAACUUGGACAAUGUGACGAUAGGGCAAACUAACGUGUAAGCUCGAGACAAUAAUACAAAUCUGUAAUGUAUAAAAAUGAUUAUUCUAAACGAAAGGGAAUCCAUUGAAGUUUAGGCUAAUGUGAAUAAGAAUUAUAUCGUAUAAUUUCCAUCGAAAUAUAAAUUAAUUUAUGGCAGGUAGAAAUACUCAGGUUUCAAAUAGGUGCGGCUCUACUAAAAUAA